GAUGGCGGAGCAACGGACCCGGCGUGUAGUCCGGGAGUUCCGGUUGGACAUGCGUAGCCAAUGCCGAGUGCCCGCCUGAGGGGAGGAGAGAGCGCGCUCCCGUCUCUUCAGCUCAUGCACGUGUCCGGCUCUGUGUCGGCGAUCCGACCGUUCCGUUCGAGCGCGCGCCCCCGGUAACGCUCGGCCCGUCCUCCCGCUCCUACUGCCCCGGACAUGGAGUGUCUGCUGGUGAGCGAGGCCGGAGCUCACUCUCCCGUUACCCUACCACUGGGCACGGCGCGCACCCUGGGGCGCGGCCCCGACACCCGCGUCACCGACAGGCGGUGCAGCCGCCGGCAAGUACAACUGGUGGCCGAUUACAAAUCAAAGAGCGUCCGUGUCAAGCAGCUGGGUACAAACCCAACUUCGGUGAAUGGCCAGGUGCUUUCCCCUGGGUCAGAGGCGGUGUGGGAGGAGGGGGCCACGCUGUACCUGGUGAACGGGCAGUACCCCUACACCUUCUGCUUCCGUCCCGCGGAGCCUGCAGUCCAUCAACCUUCCUCCAACGCCAGCCGCAAGCGAGCCCAGGAGGGAGCCCCCGAUGCCCCCGAGGUUCCCAGUAAGCGGGCGAACGUGGAGGAGAGCGGACGGGAGGAGGUGGUGAGGGGAGGGGUAGCCACAAACUCUCAGGGCAAAGCUCCCGCUUGCCCUCAGGACACCUGGAUCGAGGACAAGAGCCUGCUUGUGUUUACCAAGGCGGGAGUGUGCGCCAGAUCAAAGUUUGCAGGGUUUGAUAUCGAUGGGACAAUUAUAACAACAAAAUCAGGAAAUGUUUUUCCCAUUGGAGUGGAUGACUGGAGAAUUCUUUAUCCGGAAAUUCCCAAGAGACUCAAGCAGUUAUUCCAGGAUGGAUAUAAGCUCGUCUUCUUCACCAAUCAGAGGGGCAUCAGCCGGGGGAAACUCCGUCCUCAGGACUUCCAGAGGAAGGUGGAGGCAGUGAUCAGCAAGCUGGGAGUGCCGGUCCAGGUUUACGUGUCGACCGGGCUGGGGUUCUACCGGAAGCCAUUACUGGGAAUGUUGGAUCACCUUCAGAAACAGGGGAACGAUGGAGUGGAGAUCGACCUGGACAAGUGCCUCUACGUUGGAGAUGCUGCAGGGAGACCCCCAGACUGGGCUCCGGGCCGGAAGAAGAAGGAUUUCUCCUGCAGUGACCGCCUGUUCGCUCUGAACGCCGGGAUCCCAUUCAGCACUCCCGAAGAGUUUUUCCUGGGCUGGAAGCCGGCCGCCUUCCGUCUCCCAGAGUUCGACCCGAGAAAGCUGCAGACGGGUCUUCCGCAGUACGAGCCACCCUCUGCCCCCCUGACCGUUCCCGGAUCGGAGCUGAUCGUGGCUGUCGGAUUCCCCGGCUCGGGAAAAUCCACCUUCAUCCGGGAUUUCCUGGUGACUGAAGGAUAUGUGUACGCAAACAGGGACACGCUGGGCUCCUGGCAGAAGUGUGUGUCUGUGUGUGAGGCAGCACUGGGCAGUGGCAAGAGGGCCAUUGUGGACAACACCAACUUGGACCUCGAGUCCCGCAGCAGGUACACUGAAUGUGCUCGGAAAGCUGGGGUCCCCUGUCGCUGCUUCCUGUUCACAACUUCUUUUGAGCAGUCAAAGCACAACAUUCGGUUCCGAGAGAUGACAUACACCGGAGAUGGUCACGCUCCAGUCAACGAGGUGGUGAUGAACAGCAGUCGGAAGCGGUACGUGGAACCUACCCUGAGCGAGGGUUUCUCCACCAUCCUGCGCAUCAACUUCCUGCCCCGGUUCCAGGAUCCCAAGCUGCAGGAACACUAUCGCCUCUUCUCUGAGGGCUGAGAUCUGCCACCUCCUUCCCGACCAUCCGCCACCCCCUGGCCGCGGAUCCCGGAGAGGACGACGCCCGGAUCGGGGGCUGUGGGGUCGCCCUGCACUGCCGGCACUCGGGCCAUGGUCCCGAACCCUGUAUCUGUCUGUACCCUGCAAUAAAAUGUAGCCACAAUCCAGCUGGUGUGAGUGUCCCUCUGGGCAGAGAGGCAGAGGCUGUGGCCACAUCCUCUGAGUCGAAUGUUUGCACAGGUAGAUAGUUUAUUCAGGUACAGCGACUCUCUGAUUUGCAUACAGUCCUUAUAGAUCAACCCAUCAAGGGUAAAUGAUACUCGCCACAUACAUUGACAAGUUUUAGGAAACUACAGAGGUGUGUUGGCACUACAGAAAACAGCAUCCAACAGUUAUACAGAAUAAAAUAUUGUGUAAAAAUAAAAUUAGAAGUGUGAAUAUGAAAUAAAAUAUUGAAAUACCACAUUAUGAAAGGUGGUUUUAAGUGUUUACAGUCCAGUGUAGUGUCUGAAUGGUUGGGAGUCUAAUUGGAAUGGUUGAUCAGAUUAACUGCCCGGGAAAUAAACUUUCAG